AUGGCAUCAGCAGCCCGAAGUUCAGGAGGCGGCGUAAUCGUUCUCUCAUGUUCCGAUCCACGACUUAAUCCCUAUGAAAUCUUGGGACUUGACCAAAAUCUAAGUAAGCCACUUUCUGAUAUAACACUCCUGUCUGCGAGCUAAAUCAUCUUAGAGGCGACCAUGGUGAGGAACGCUGGUGGGAGAGUAUUUGAUGCUAUCAGAACCUUGGCUGUUCUUCAAACGAUUGGAGAUCCAGGGACGAUUGCGGUUAUGCAUCAUACCGGUAAAGCAUCUAAUUAUGACUCUCUACUUAACCCAGUACUAAUUUCUUACAGAUUGUGGCAUGUCCCAUUUCCAUGAUGCGGAAGUUAGGAAAGCGCUUUCUGAGUUGGCGCCGGAAGAGAAAGGUAGCAUUGAUGGAAUAAAGUUCGGGGAGAUCAAUAAUGGGUAUGCUAGUCUUUCUUUUACAUCACAAACAGAAACUGAGAGUUCGUAAUAGCAUUGAACAAAGUCUUCGCGAGGAUAUGGCUAUUCUCAAGGCUUCUCCUUUUAUCAAGAAGACUACUCAGAUCGUUGGACUGGCUUAUGAUAUCAAGACUGGUAUCCUUACCGAGAUAAUGGACAGCGCUGAGAACGAAAGCGAACUGUGA